GGCGGGCGGGGUUGGGUGCACGGGGCGGCGGCGGGCGCUGAGGGGAGGCAGGAAAAUGGCGCUGACGCAGGGAACGAAGCGCAAAGUCUGCUACUACUACGAUGGGGACGUUGGGAACUACUAUUAUGGCCAAGGACAUCCCAUGAAACCCCACAGGAUCCGGAUGACCCACAACCUGCUGCUGAACUAUGGCCUCUACAGGAAGAUGGAGAUCUAUCGUCCUCACAAGGCAAAUGCAGAGGAGAUGACCAAGUACCACAGUGAUGACUACAUCAAAUUCCUGAGGUCCAUCCGCCCUGACAACAUGUCUGAGUACAGCAAGCAGAUGCAAAGAUUUAACGUUGGGGAGGACUGCCCUGUGUUUGAUGGGCUGUUUGAGUUCUGUCAGCUCUCUGCUGGAGGCUCUGUGGCCAGUGCAGUGAAGCUGAACAAGCAGCAGACAGACAUUGCAGUGAACUGGGCAGGAGGCCUCCACCACGCCAAGAAGUCGGAGGCUUCUGGCUUCUGUUACGUCAACGACAUCGUCUUGGCCAUCCUGGAGCUCCUGAAGUAUCACCAGAGGGUGCUGUACAUCGACAUCGACAUUCACCACGGGGACGGGGUGGAGGAGGCCUUUUACACCACAGACCGUGUCAUGACCGUGUCCUUCCAUAAGUACGGGGAGUACUUCCCAGGAACAGGGGACCUGCGGGACAUUGGUGCAGGCAAAGGCAAGUACUACGCUGUGAACUAUCCCCUCCGGGACGGCAUCGACGACGAGUCCUACGAAGCCAUAUUCAAGCCUGUGAUCUCCAAAGUCAUGGAGACAUUCCAGCCGAGUGCUGUUGUCCUGCAGUGCGGAUCAGAUUCCCUCUCCGGGGACAGGCUGGGCUGCUUCAACCUCACCAUCAAAGGUCAUGCCAAGUGUGUGGAGUUUGUGAAAAGUUUUAACUUGCCCAUGCUGAUGCUGGGAGGGGGCGGCUACACCAUCAGGAACGUGGCCAGGUGCUGGACCUAUGAGACUGCUGUGGCUUUGGACACCGAAAUUCCCAAUGAGCUUCCAUACAAUGACUACUUUGAGUACUUCGGGCCAGACUUCAAGCUCCACAUCAGCCCCUCGAACAUGACCAACCAGAACACCAACGAGUACCUCGAGAAGAUCAAGCAGCGCCUCUUUGAGAACCUGCGCAUGCUCCCGCACGCCCCCGGGGUGCAGAUGCAGCCCAUCCCCGAGGAUGCUGUUCAGGAGGACAGUGGAGAUGAAGAGGAAGAUGACCCCGAGAAACGCAUUUCAAUCCGCAAUUCCAACAAGAGAAUAUCCUGUGAUGAGGAAUUCUCUGACUCGGAGGACGAAGGGGAAGGAGGGCGCAAAAACGUCGCCAACUUUAAGAAAGCCAAGCGUGUGAAGGCAGAGGAGGAAAAGGAGGAAGAGGAGAAAAAAGAUGAGAAGGAAGAGGAAAAAGCGAAAGAGGAGAAAGCAGAACCCAAAGGGGCGAAGGAAGAGCCAAAAUCCACCUGAGCUGGACGGGCCUGUCCGUGCGUAGUUUGUCGUAGGUUUUUAGCUCCCGGGUUGCCUCCUAUUCCACAGGAUUUAUAUUUUAUAUAUGUUUCUGUAUAUAUUUCUAUAUAAUUGUAUAAAUGACUUGAGGACUGUAAAUUAUUCCUUGCUGCACUCCUCGCUGGGAGCAGAGGGGAGGAUUCUGCGGAGCAGCCAGACCUGCACUGCCCAGAUUUGGUGACUGGGAAGUUUUCACUCUUGCCUUCCACUGCCUCCUUAGUGUGUCUGUAAACAAAAAAACAAACAAACAAACAAAAA